AAAAAAAAAAACCCUACAGUGCAAUUCGGUUCACGAGCCCCGCUUGCAUAAAUUGAAGAGGACAGCACGAGCCGUUGAGCUUCACCGUGCGCUCACAGUCACAUCCACGAUGGUUUCGAGGAACUGCGGGAGCCCCGUGUGGAGACUGCGCUGCUUGCUCGCGGCGGCGGUGACGGCGGCGGCGUUGAUAGGGUCGGGGCGGUCGGACCUGAACCAGGACCGGGCGCAGUGCGCGGACCAGCUGGUGGGGCUGGCGAGCUGCUUGCCGUACGUGGGCGGGGACGCGAGGACGCCCACCAUAGACUGCUGCACGGGGUUGAAGGCGGUGCUGGACAAGGGCAAGAAGUGCCUGUGCGUCCUCAUCCGGGACCGGGACGACCCCAACCUCGGGCUCAAGAUCAACGCCACCCUCGCCCUCGGCCUCCCCUCCGCCUGCCACGCCCCCGCCAACAUCACCGAGUGCAUCGAUCUCCUGCACUUGGCGGCGAACUCGACGGAUGCCAAACUGUUCAAGGGAGCCACGAACAGCAGCAGCACCGUCAGCAGCAACAGCACAGCCACCCCAGCUGCUAGUGCAAACUCCACCGGCAGCGGCGGUGGGUCAGCUUCUGAAGUGAAGAGCCACGGCGGAGAUCGGACGCCGAUGAAGAGGUGGUGGGUACUAGAGAUCAUGUGUGGAGUCCUGAUAGUGUUGUCGACGUCGAAUCGAAUGUGGGGCGCUUGAUUCCAUAUGCAGUUCGCGCUUUCUUCUUUGUAUCUUUCUUUCUUUCUUUCUUUCUUUGGUGUUGGAUACGGACGAUGUUGUCUUGAUUAGGUGGUCGAU